AUGUCAUUUGUCGCUACCCCCGAAGAGGUCGAGGCCUUCCAGCGCCUCUCUUCUGACCCUCGCUUCUCUCAAGAGCUCAUUGCUCUCGACUUUACGACCACACCCGAGUUCAUUAAGAGCGUGCUGCCCCCCAACUUUGAACCUGGCGACUCGCCUACCGGCCAUAUCAGCGUCGGCACCUUUGAGAGCAAGCUCUGCGGCGAGUUUGACUGCGCCAUGGUCUCGAUAGACGUCAAGUUCAAGGGCCAAACUGGCACCUACCUGCUUGAGCUUAUCGUCAGCGGCGACAUGCCCGUCACCUGGGGCCGCGAGGUCUGGGGAGAGGUUAAGAAGACGGGCACUUGUAAAAUCUGGCGGUCCGGCAACUACCGUUAUGCCGUGGCCGAGCGCAACGGCAUCCGCCUCAUCGAGCUCCAGGGCGAGUUUGGCGAUGACCAACCUCCUCGUGUACGAGAGAACACGGCCUAUGAAAUCAAGGCCUACCCUCACUCCAUGGGCAAAGGGCUCCAGUGGGAGCCCAAGGUCAAUCAGCUGAAGGUUGUCGAGUACGACACCCGCUGGUCUGUCGGGAGCGGCCGAAUCACGGUCCGCGGGACUUCGUCUGAUCCCCUGCACAGUAUCCCCAUCAAGUCCAUCAGCGAUUUUGCCUAUGUCUCCGGCCGCUCCGAUUAUACUGUUGUCGCAGACUACAACCUGGGCGUCACCGAUGCCUACUUGCCCUACCUUGUCGGUCGUCACUAUGACGACCUCCGAAAUUUCAAGGUUGGGAUUGAGUGGACAUAUAUGGAGGACGAAGAGCACGACCCUGAGCCGACGCUGGUGCAGCGACUGAAGACGCCAGCGAAGAAUUGA